AUGGCGCGGCUACCGCCCGGCGCGGGGCCCCUCUGGGGGCUGGGCGGCGCCGUGCUCGGGGUUUGUCUCGCGGGGGUCGCCGGGCAGCUGGUGGAGCCCAGCACGGCUCCGCCCAAGCCCAAGCCACCCCCGCUGACCAAGGAGACAGUGGUGUUCUGGGACAUGCGCCUGUGGCACGUGGUGGGCAUCUUUUCCCUCUUCGUGUUGUCCAUCAUUAUCACCCUGUGCUGUGUCUUCAACUGCCGUGUGCCACGGACCCGGAAGGAGAUCGAAGCCCGGUACCUGCAGCGGAAGGCAGCCAAGAUGUACACGGACAAGCUGGAGACCGUGCCACCCCUCAACGAGCUCACGGAGAUCCCGGGAGAGGAGAAAAAGAAGAAGAAGAAAGAGGACAGUGUGGACACAGUGGCCAUCAAGGUAGAAGAGGACGAGAAGAAUGAGGCCAAGAAGAAGAAAGGGGAGAAAUGAGGAGCACGCCCUGCAGGCAGCAGCUGGGGCUGGCAGGCCCAGGAGCUCAAGUCCAGGGCUUGGACUCACCUCAUGCAAGGACCGAGGGCGGUGGCCAGAGGGGAAAGCAGAGGCCCAUGGCCAGCAGGUGCCUGCUGGAUCCCACUGCUCCUAUGCCCUCCCUGUGGGCACUGUGCUCAGCACAGGUGGCCUGGGCCACCCUGCAGAUGCAGAGCAGCCGCACACUGCGCUCCCCGCCCACAUGUGCCUCGGCCCCACCCACUCCUCAAAGGACAGCAGUGGCCAUGUGGGAUUCUGAACUGAACGGUGGGUGUGAGGCCACCCUCAGCCUGGCUGUGAGGAGGAAGAGAGGGAAGUGGGAAGAGGGGGACACUGGGAGAGCAGGAGGGCUCAGAUUGGGCCAGGCAGAGAGACUGCCCUACUCCUGGCGGGGGGCGGAAAGGGGUUCCAGUCCAGAGGAGUGAGCAGAGGGCUGAGACAGGUGGA